GAAAAAAAAAACAAAAAAAAAACUCUCCUUCCCCAUCAAUAGAAGAGGAAACAAUGGCUUGCUGGUCUGCUGAGAAUGCCAUAAAUGCCUACCUCAAGACCAUGAAAAUGGGACAAGAGGCUAAAGAGCCAGAUGUAGCAGAGUUCAUUUCAGCUCUGGCAGCUGGAAACAAUGCACAACUAAUGGUGGUGGCUUGUGCCGGAGCUGCCAACUCCAACACACUUGCUUUAGUGGCUGCAGCCCAUCAAACUGGAGGCCAAGUGGUUUGUAUUCUUCCUGGAAUCGAGCACUUGCAAUCCUCAUAUAAAGCGAUUGGAGCGGAUUCAUACCAUGUCAAGUUUGUCAUUGGAGAUGCCAAAAAGCUACUAUUAACCCAUUACAGGGAAGCAGAGUUUCUACUUAUUGACUGUAACCAUGAGAAUCAUGAAGAAAUUCUUAGAGCAGUGCAGAUCAGUAGAAGGCGCAAUGGUAUGGUUGUCGUGGGGUACAAUGCCUUCUGCAAGAAUUCUUGGCGAUCAAGUGGUUCUGAAACCCAGUUGUUGCCCAUAGGAGGAGGGUUGCUGGUGACGAGAAUAGCCGCGAACGGGAAGAUUGGAGGUGGUGGUUGUGGUAAUGGAAGGAGGAGUCAUUGGGUUGUCAAAGUAGAUGAGUUCACUGGGGAAGAGCAUGUGUUCAGAGUCAGAUAUCCACAAACUAAAGAGAUUCAAGCUUAAUGCUUAUCUCCCCUUGGUUACCUAGCUGGUAGUAGAACAGAUUUUUCUUUCAUGACCUUGCAAGCGAUAAGGAGCAGCAUGAGUUCUGGUUCUAUUUAGAGUAUUAAGAGAUUUAAUUUUGAAGCCAAAUGUCAUACACAUGGUUUGAAUUGUAUUGAGAGAUUGAUCCUUGUACUUCUAUUGAAUGAAGCAGGUAUGUAUGAAAGGUGUGUAAAUCAA